UAUAUCAGGUGUCGCUGCGGACAACAGCGUGACAGCUCAGUUGUGAAUUUGGGUUUAAGGGUUAAGCAAAUGUUAAGCUUCAUAUACAUGAAAUCUGUGUGCAGUAAGUUGCGGAUUUAUUCUUAAAAUGUGGAAGUCUCGACUUCAGCCACAGCGGCACGAAUAUUAGCAGAUUAAUCCCUGUGUUUGCUGCUACAGGUUCAGCCAGGUUUGCUCCUAUGCUACCAGAGCUGGCUGAGAUGGACCGCCACGAAAAGCAAAUAUAACCUACAAGGCUAACGGGCUUAACGUUGCUGAAGUUUCUGAUGACAUGGGUAAUGCAUAAUGAUGUGUUGGGCUGCAAAUGAUUGUCUUGUAAAGAAUAAUUUAAAUAAAGGUUUUCCUCAGUUCUCAAUCCUCUGCCAUUACACUAAUGGGGACCUAAAACCCACCACUCCUAUGGUACGUUAAUUACCUUAAAGUCUUCUUCUCCAAAGAGAAACCGGAAAGUAAACGUUAGCUGCCAUGCGUAUCAGUCUCUGCCAGGGCCUGUUAACUGGCGCCAUCAUCCUCAACCUCCUCAUUCUUUACUAUGUGUCCCGGGCCCAGCAGCAGAUGAUGGAGAAGAGAAAGGAACUCGGCAGGGGCACAAGGAGGGCUGCCCUUCCAGCCUCAGGUCUGGGGGUACUUGUAGGGGCUGGAGGUGAGCCUGGUGUGGUCGGGGUGGAGGGACACAGCCGUGGCCCACGUGUGACUGUUCUUCUUCGGGAAUUUGAAAACUUUGAAAAUUAUGUUGGGGAUGUGGCUAAUUCCUUCCUCCGCCAGAGACCCGAGCUUCCUUUCUUGGCUGUGGCCGACACCUUUCCAUACCCUCCCCUGGUGCUUCCAGAGGGGUCACGGCUUCUGGUUCUCUCCCCCACCCCGGACCAGCCGCCCCAAGCUCACAGGCCAGAGUUCCAUGUCCAGACAGAGUUUGUGCUGCUGGUUCCUGAUGGGGUGGAGUUGGAGCAACCCCGGGCUAUAGAGAGGCUGAUCAGGGAGCUGGAAGGUGAGGGUGGGGGGCCUGUGAGGCUGGUAGCUGCUCCUGUGCUUGCUAGAUCAGCUGUGCAGUGCCUCCAUCUGCGGGUGAACCUCAGAGAAUGGACAGCCACCUACUCACCAGCAGCAUCCGGGAGCAGUGGGAGCGUGUGUACAGCUCUCCAAGGAGAUGCAGUGAUCCUCAUUCGCACUGAGGAUUUGUUUAACCUGUCUGUCCCUUUGGGGCGCCCCCUCUUCUCCUCACUCUUCGUCCAGACUGCUUUGAGAGGCUGGAAAGUCAAGCUGCUGGAGAGCCCCUGUUUCUCUGCAAACCACCGGCCCCUCUUCAGCUCGGCUCACAACCAGUGGAAGGCCGACACUCGACUGAAGGAGGCCACUGGGAAGCUCAUGAGGAGCUUCGGUCUUAAGCGUCUCCUGCUGCCUGAUGGGAAGGAACAGUGGCAUGGCUGCAGUAAAGAGACAACUCGCUGCUUCGGGACAGUGCAGGAUGACACUCCGGACUACCUUUACCUGGAUCGCUGGACACCUCCCUGCUGUCUACGAGCUCUCAGGGAAACCACCAAAUAUGUUAUCAAUAUCCUGGAGACCUCUGGUGUACGCUACUGGCUAGAGGGAGGAACUCUGCUCGGUGCCGUCCGCCAUCAGGACAUCAUUCCAUGGGAUUAUGAUGUGGACCUGGGCAUCUACCUGGAGGAUAUACCAAACUGUGAUCACUUGAAGAACCUGGACUCAGGCUCUCUGGUCGAUGCUAACGGCUAUGUCUGGGAGCGCGCAGUGGAAGGAGACUUCUACAGAGUCCAGUACAGUGAGGCCAACCACCUGCACGUCGACCUGUGGCCAUUCUAUCCACGUAAUGGUGUCAUGACCAAAGACACAUGGACAGAGCACAAACAAGACGUGGAGUUCCCAGAGCACUUCCUGCAGCCACUGGUGCCCAUGUCCUUUGCUGGCAUCACUGCGUACGGUCCCAACAACCACAGAGCCUUCUUAGAGCUCAAGUUUGGAGAGGGGGUUAUUGAGAACCCUCAGUAUCCCAACCCCACAAAAAAGAGGCUGGACAGAAACAAAUUAUGAGAUGAGAGAGACUCACAAGCCUCUGUCGUACUGUAUGUGUUUACUGAACAGCACAGAAAGUCUUGCCUCAACAUGUGAUUUUUGCCAGGAAACUAAGAAGGUGCCAAAAUGACUGCAUUUUCCAUGUAGUUUUUACCAAAUUUAAAUCCAUACUUUAGUGUGUUUAUCAGUCAAAGACUGGUUUCACUACAUGGCAGACUAAAUCUGUAUGUGUUGUAUAAUAAAGUCUAAAUAUGAUAAACACUAAAUGAUACUGGUUUCUUGUUAAAAGCUACAGUGUACAUGAUGUUAAGCAGAUGUAAGGUUUUGUACAGAAUUAUUUAAAAAUAAGUUUAUUUUGCCCUGACAGGCGUUUUAUGACUGUGUUGCAUUGAUUUGCACUGAUCAUUUCAGUUUGUGUAUGAAUGAAUGUUCCCAUUUUCUCCCUGACACUCCCUGCAGAUGUGUCGAGCACAUUUCCUCGUGGUGAAAUGAGAAACUCACUUCGUUCAUUUUGUUGUUGCUGGCAUAUGUCGACGAUGAAAUGUUGCUCUAUCAGGCUUUUUGUAUUCAGUUGCAAACAUCAAAUGCUGACUUUAAUUGUAAAUCAGUAUCAACCAUUUAAUUGUGUGUGUUAUUAGUGGGAACCCAUUCUGCAUUGACUGAAAUGGAAGUCCAGUAAUUUAUUGAAAGCAAUUUAAAAGAGAAGUUGCAGAUGAAAAAAAAUAAUACACCAGAUUCUCUGGGUACAAUAUAUCUCCUGUGGUUGUUGUUUGUGAUCUAUCAAGAUGUCACUCCAGUUCAUGAACUGGUAAAAUAAAGGAAUUCUAUCAUCUAAUGUAUUUAUCUUGUUCAUUUGUUUUCUACAACUGUCGGCAAAUCCUUCAUAAAUGCAUGUGCAAUAUUGAUUGCAAAACUUUUUGAACACUAGGUGGCACAAGACACCUUUUUUCACUGCCGAGCCUGUGCGGAUUUGCUCACUGCACUGUCGUCAGCAUUACAGGAUUUCUUCAGCCAUAUGGCAGGGGGGUAGAGGAUUUUAUGACAGGACAAACAGGCAUAUAACAUCACAGGAAUGCAGCUCUUUUGUGGUGCAGAGAUGUACACUGCUACUCAAUUGCUCAAACUGAAGUUCAACAAUAGUUGCCUUUCAGAUGUUGAAUUGCAUUCCUCAAAUAACAAUGGAUAACC